AUAUACUCAAACACUCAAUUACCAUAAAACCUCAAAUCUUGUAUUCCUUCUCUUCUCUCGGCAAGCAAACACGCACAUCUCUACCCGAUCAACUAUUUUCGAACAUCAUAUCAUCUUAUCAUCAUGAGUUCCAGCACUAAUUCCGCAGCAGCGUACACUGCUCCGGCUUCGCAACCGGGACCUUACGUCCAGGCUCCGCCUCCUGCCGGCUAUCCCACCAUGAGAGACGACUCCGAUUUGCCCCAGAUUCAUGGUCGUGUGGAAACCAAGUCCAAGGGUGAUGGCUUCUGGAAGGGCUGCUGUGCUGCCUUGUGUUGCUGUUGUAUGCUCGAUGCUUGCUUUUGAAGAUCUAAUGGAGCUUGAUGAUUCUUGACCCAUCUUCAGAGACCCAGUUUGAUAUGUGUGAUAUAUUUACAGUAUAUUAUGUGACGAAUGAAGGACAAUGUGGAUUGGAUGCUCAUUUACUGUACUGAAUGAUUAUGCAAUCCAUUUGUUCUUGACUUCUUGUACAAUAAUUAUUCUUUCAAUCUUAUUAUUUUGAGUGAACAAUUAAUUCUUCUUUUACAGUUUUAUUUCA